AUGAAAAACAACGACAACAAACAUGCAGCCCGUGAACGCAGCACGGGGCUGUCCCCUGAGUGCGCCGGUCCUCCCGUCAGUCUGUCCGCUGCUCCGGGACGCACAGGCCGCUGCUCCGGGGUCCCCUCAGCCGGGACGCACGGGCUGUUCCGCUACUGCUGUGCGGGGUCUGCGGGACGUCCAGGGAGGGGGAGGAGUCCGGGGCCGGGGAGGGGGUCCGGUCCGGAGGGGGUCUCCCUCUCCGGACCGGGGAAGCCCUCUGUGAACGGCGCGCUCGUGCCCGCGGGGGAGCCUGCGGGUGCACGCGUGCAGAGGGAACCCCCGGGGAACCCCCGCACCGCGCACCGCAGGAACUCCCUCACGGGCGACGCGGGCCGAGAGUUCCUGAUCCAGAACCGGUUCCUGUUCUACAUGUUCUCCCUCGGCACCGAGCUGGGCAACGAGCUGUUCUACAUCACCUUCUUCCCCUUCGUCACCUGGAACCUGGACGCCUUCGUGGGCAGGAGGCUGGUGAUGGUCUGGGUCUGGGUCAUGUACCUGGGCCAGUGCACCAAGGACAUCAUCGGCUGGUCCAGCCCGCCUCCCCCCGUGGUGAAGGUGGAGAUGUUCUACAACUCAGAGUACAGCAUGCCGUCCACGCACGCCAUGUCCGGCACCGCCAUCCCCUUCUCCCUGUUCCUCAUGACCUACGGCCGCUGGGAGUACCCGUUCUCACUGGGCUUCGGCUUGGCUCUCUGCUGGUGUCUACUGGUCUGUGUCAGCCGGAUCUACAUGGGAAUGCACUCAGUCCUGGACGUCAUCGUCGGCGUCCUCUACAGCGUCCUCAUCCUGCUCUUCUUCCUGCCGGCGUUGGACCUGAUCGACGGCUUCAACAUCACGUGCCGCUACGCUCCGCUCAUCAUCGUGUCCUUCCACCUGGGCCUGGGCCUCUUCUCCUUCAACCUGGACACCUGGAGCACCUCGCGGGGCGACACCGCUCAGAUCCUGGGCACCGGCGCCGGCGUGGCUUUGGCCGGCCACGUCAACAACCGCCUGGGCCUGAUGCCCGACCCGACGCCGGACAUGCUGCCCUAUUCCUUCCCCGCUCUCAGCGCCGGCCUGGUGGGCGCCGCCCUGCUGCGGCUGGUCCUGGGCGUGCUGGUGCUGAUGGCCACGCGGGCGCUGAUGAAGGCCAUCACCAUCCCGCUGGUGUGCUGGGUGUUCAGGGUGCCCAGCGGCGACGUGAGGAAGGCCAGGCAGCACAUGGAGGUGGAGCUGCCCUACCGCUACAUCGUCUACGGGGCCGUGGGCUUCAACGUGCUCUUCCUGGUCCCGUGGCUCUUCACCUACACUCGGCUCUCCUGAUUGGAUGUUCAGUCCGUUCACUUACGCUGGUGUCAGAUCAGAUCUCCCAUCCAGAACCUGGGUUUGGACCAAGGUUUACUAAGGCCUAAGAGCUGA